AUGUCACUUACGAAUAAAGAUGUUGCAUUGGCAAUAAUAAAUUUCUUGAAAGGAUCUGUAUCCUCAAAGCAAGUUUCGGAAGACUUUGCUGAUUCUAUGGAUGUCGCUAUUGACUGCGUGGCAGAUGCGUUUGAAGUUGAUAAGAAUGACGAUCAAAAGGUCAUGGAUUCAAAAUUUGGAAGCAAGUCUUUAUUGGAACUUCUUGAACAUUCAUCAGUUAGCAAACUGUCCUCGUCGAAGGAAGUAAGUCAUGAUGUUAAAGAUAAGGCAGAAAGCUUGAAAGUGGAAGGUAAUCGAGCUAUGUCCGCCAGAAAAUUUGACGAGGCAAUAGCCAAGUAUACGGAAGCAAUUAAUUUGGAUCCUUCGAAUGUAGUAUUUUUGUCUAAUCGUGCAGCUGCCUAUUCUUCCUGUUCUCAACAUCAAAAGGCUGUGGAAGACUCUGAGGCGGCUAUACAAAAGGAUCCUAAUUUUUCGAAAGCGUACUCUAGGCUAGGAUUAGCACAGUACGCCUUAGGAAAUGCAAAAGCUUCAAUGGAAGCUUACAAGAAAGGCUUGGAUGUUGAAGGUGAUAAAAAGUCAGAUGCCAUGACCAGAGGUUACGAGACUGCAAAACGUAGAGUUGAGGAAGAAUUAGAGAAGUCGAUCUCUUCAAAUUCUAAUGACACUUCUGAGCCAGACGGUAGUCAGGAAAGGUCCGGCUCUAAUCCGCCAAACGGUAUGCCUGAUUUCUCCAGUAUGUUUGGGGGAAAUGGUGGAGGUAUGCCUUCAUUUAGCGAAUUGAUGAAUAAUCCCCAAAUCAUGCAAGCUGCUCAGCUGAUGAUGUCAAAUCCAUCGGCCUUGCAGGGAUUAAUGAACAAUCCUUCUAUUCGUCAAAUGGCUGAAAAUAUGGGCUUAGGUGGUGAGAAUGGCGCAAAUCCAAAUUUGUCAGACAUAAUGAAUAAUCCUAUGUUACAAAAUUUAGCUAGUCAGUUUGGUGGUGGUGCGAACAACAGUGAUAACAGCAGCAGCAAUAAUAACAGCGAGAGCUCCAAUUAG